UUGAGUACUGAAGUCAUUAUUGCUUGGAGUCUAUAAAAAGGCAGUUGCACAGUAAGUAAUUUAAACGUGGUCAGCUUUGACUCUAUGGAUUUACUAAUUCCUUUCCCUCUAUUUUUUUUUCAUCUUUUGCCACCAAGGAGUCUGCAGUCCCAGAUGCCAGGGGGGCUGAAACUUCGGCUCUCUGGAGGAAACGUUGCAGACAAGGAAAAGCAGCCGAAGGAGCAGCUCUGGUAAAUAGGCAGGAUCUUCUGCCUUUUGGAAAAUGCAUUUACCACACUCCUUGGCAAGCCCUUCAGAAGGAACAGAAUGUGUUAGCUCCCAGAGAUGAACACAUCCUCUCAAUUCAAUGUUUCUGAACUAAACCUGAGUGCCUUCGGUAGCAACUUUACUGUGCCUACUGCGAAGAGCAAGUCAUCGCCAUGUGAGCAAGUGGUCAUCUCAGCUGAGGUGUUCCUAACUCUGGGCAUUGUAAGCCUCCUUGAAAACAUACUAGUUAUAUGUGCAAUAGUUAAGAACAAGAACUUGCACUCACCCAUGUAUUUUUUUGUUUGCAGUUUAGCAGUGGCUGACAUGCUGGUUAGUGUGUCUAAUGCUUGGGAGACCAUAACCAUAUACUUAAUAAACAAUAGACACAUCAUCAUGGAAGAUGCCUUUGUCCGUCAUAUAGACAAUGUCUUUGAUUCCAUGAUCUGCAUAUCUGUGGUGGCUUCCAUGUGCAGUUUGCUGGCUAUAGCAGUAGACAGAUAUAUCACUAUCUUCUAUGCCCUGCGUUAUCACAACAUCAUGACAGUGAAAAGGUCGGGGCUCAUCAUUGCAUGCAUCUGGACCUUUUGCACGGGCUGUGGCAUUAUCUUCAUUCUUUACUAUGAAUCAACUUACGUGGUCAUUUGUCUCAUCACUAUGUUUUUUACCAUGUUGUUCCUCAUGGUCUCACUGUACAUCCAUAUGUUCCUCCUGGCUCGUACUCAUGUGAAGAAAAUCGCAGCUUUGCCUGGGUACAACUCUGUCCGUCAAAGAACCAGCAUGAAAGGAGCCAUCACUCUGACUAUGCUUCUUGGCAUCUUCAUUGUUUGCUGGGCUCCAUUCUUCCUUCAUCUCAUCCUGAUGAUCUCCUGCCCUCAAAACCUCUACUGUGUUUGCUUCAUGUCUCACUUCAAUAUGUACCUCAUCCUCAUUAUGUGCAACUCGGUGAUCGACCCCUUGAUCUACGCCUUUCGUAGCCAGGAAAUGAGGAAGACCUUCAAAGAGAUAAUUUGUUGCUAUAGCCUGAGAAUGCUCUGUGGCUUAUCAAACAAAUAUUAAGAUAACAAAACCAAACCAGGGAAGAGACUGGAAAGGCAACAUCUUCCUGCAUCCUGUAAUUCUGGUAAAAUGCCUAUGGAACAUUUUCUCCAUUCAGCUGUCAUGAUUCCCACAGCAAUCAGAAACCCUUUUUAAACAUGUGAUUUUACAUUUCUUUCCCUCCACACACCUCUCUCAUGCUGGUGGUUGGAGCUACUCAGUGCAUCUGUAUUAUCGGGAUAAAGGAUAUUUUGAAUCUCAUUUACUCUAUUGAAGAUUGGAAUUUAUAAGAGGAUUAUAGAGGGAAAACCUUAUUUUUACUUCUGCUAAAUGCAAUGAAUGAGUUCUCCCAUGUGAAUGAACCCACCAGCCUCUCAAUGUGUGUUUCUUUUGGUGUUAUUUGUCUCUCUAGAUAUAAAAAAUAAUAAAAAUUUAUCUCUCUAAAUAAAAAAAAGCAUGACUUAUUUUGAUGCCCACAACUAACGUGGAAGAUUUUUGCUAUUUCCUUCUGAAGAUAUAAAAUCAGAGAAGUAGUUCUAAUUAUGAAGCUCCAUAUACCUUGGUCAGCAGUUAUGAUCAAUAUACAUGCACAUGUCAGUAGUCUUGUAUUCCAGUCAUGACUAUUAUUGUCAUAAAAUCUAUAUUGUGUAAGACGCCAAUGUUUCCAUGAGAUUUUCCAGGUUGGAUACAGCACUUUGUCAUAUAUGACUAUAUUUGUUCAAAUCACUGUGAAGCAAGAUGUA